AUGGAGACUACAGCCGACGCACCAGCCAUCUCCGCCGUCGACGUGAAGCUACCGCCAUUUUGGACAGCCGACCCAGAACUCUGGUUCCUGCAAGUGGAAUCGCAAUUCGCCGCCCGACGCAUUACUGCCGACCAGACAAAGUACCACCACGUGGUCGGCAGCCUUCCACCUAAAACAGCGAGCGAAGUACGAGAUCUACUGGUCGCUCCACCUGCAGUGCACGCGUACACAACGCUCAAACAACUGCUCAUAAGGCGCCUCACGCCAUCAGAGCCUCAGCGACUGAAACAGCUGCUCCACGGCGCUGAGCUCGGCGACCGGACCCCUAGCCAAUUGUUGCGCGACAUGCAACAGCUACUUGGCACGACGACCACCGACGUGGACAGCAGCCUGCUUCGGGAGCUCUUCCUGCAACGGCUCCCCACAAACGUGCGGAUGGUCCUCGCCUCGGCUGCCGACAAACAGUAA